UAUAGCUCUUUCACCUAUGAUUCUCACUAAUCUUUUAAUAUCAGAGAAUAAAGAAUUCUGAUGGGAUAAUAAGCAUACAUUGCCAUUUCUCGACGAUUUGAUUUUAAUUUUGUUCCAAAGAUUUUCCUGUGAGACAGAUCUGAUAAUUCGGUGAUCAUGUGAUUGAUAAUCUUUGUGUAGCUGGUCAAAGAUUCAUAAUUAUACCCUUUUGUUGCACCCAUUUUAAUGACAGAAAAGAAAACUAUUGAAUUCAGUUUCAUUUCUUCUUAAUGGGACCUAUGAGAUCAUUCAGUGCACAAAGGGAACUGACAGCUGUUUUGAAAUGUGUAACAGGAGGAAAACCUCAUAGUUGCACUAAGCAACAAUGGUUACAAGAGGGUGGAAAAUCAGAUGGACGAAAGAGUAAUUGAGAAUGGAAAUCCUGGACUGUGAUAUCUGCUUCCAUGGCUUUGACGAGAGGGAGCGACUUCCCCGCACCUUGCCAUGUGGACAUAGCUUCUGCCAUAUUUGUAUUAAUAAAAGCCUGAGGGAUGGGCCACUUAUUUGUCCGUCUUGCAGAAGGAGUCACGCAAUCAGAAAUGCCUGUGAAGCUUCAGUUAAUUACAAGCUGCUUAAAGUAGCAGAAUCAUUACGAGCAAGCAGAGAAACGCUGCCAACAACCUCUCAUGGGAAGCCUUCUCCAAUUAAGAAUCAAUCCUUGUCACUGGAACCCAAGCUCCAUGCUGGCAUCUGUGACGAGCAUGGAUCGUUCAGACUUUUUUGGUGUGGCAAAUGUGAGGUUUGGAUAUGUCGCGAUUGCACCGUUGUGGAUCACCCUCCCGGCUUAUGUCCUGCUUUAUCUGUGAAAGAUGCACUGGAUAGCAUGAAAGAGGGAGAAAAGAAACAAAUGAAGGCGUCUGAAAAAUUAAGAAAAGAUUACAUUAACCAUCUUCAAGACUAUCAAAUCAAAUUAAGCUCCUGCAAUGCAAAGAUGGAUGAGCAAAUAGAAGCUUUUCGGGAAAUUCUUCACAGCAAAACUGUUUUGAAAACGAUGAUUAAAACGGAACAAGAUCAGAUCCAGUCUUCCUUGUCUGAAGUAAGUCAAUUGGAAAUGAAAAUGUCAGACCUUCACGUAGUAUUGCAGAAAAGUGAGACCGUCGAGGAUACAACAGAUGCCUGUCGCUCAGGUCAGAGCUGUCGAAAAGAGCUUGAAAAUUGGAUCCAAUCAACCAGAGCAAAAACCAACGACUUCACUACUCUCCAGUUAUGUGACGAGCAAUACAGUAAACACAGCCAAAAUCUGCAGAUGACCAAAUACUGGCACACUAAGUUUUUCUCACCAGCAGUGUCUGCCCUGCUCAGUUAUAUGAAAUCAAAGGUUUCCGUUGAUCACUUGACCAAGAAUGACCUGAAAAUCCUGACUAGCCUCGCCCCAGUAUGGGCAGUUCAGUCCAAGUCCAAAUCUGCCCCCAUAACACAAAGUGACGAAAACCUGCUAUUGCAUGCACUGAAACUGCAGUCACCACCACAGGACGCUGUUAUUUUACCCUAUGACGAAAUUGUGGCUCUAGAGAAGCAAUGUCCUCAGGUGUUCUUGGACUUGUCUUGGAGAGGAGUUAAGAGAGGAACAACUUACAUCCAGAUGAAAGAUCUGUCCCCAGCCAGUGAAGCAUCAGGAAAGAAAGCGUUCUUUCGACUCUGCACAGGAGAAGGAGACAAGUCUUUCGUUGGCUCAAACAUGACACAAGUACUGGAAAAUAACUUGCUAGAUGGAAGAGAACGACUAUGUUGGAAAGGCGACGGUCGUGGAGUAAACGUACAAGGAAUGUCUUUGAAGGAAAUUAAUAUUACUCCAGGUCUUGUGACGUGUUCACGGUCAGGCAACUCUCUGCAAUUCUCUGUGUGGUACAAGUCGUCAUUGAAUCUUAAGUUGGACCCUUAUUCCUCCAUCACAUUUAAUCAGUUUCCAAGAGACCCAUAUUCUUCCACGACAUUUCACAAUACUGUACACGAUCCUUAUUCCUUCCCAACAAUUUCUCAGGCUGGUGUGGAUCCUUAUUCUUCAGGAACAUGUCAUCUGCAGGACAAAUUUGAGACUCUGGGAGUGGUAACCAAAAAUCCUCAUAUUAUUGGAAAAUGCAGCAAAACACCUCAUUCUAACGUAGUGACUAUAAUGGACUGUGGGCUUUUGUUAUAAAAAGCAACUAAAAUAACAGAAGCUGCUCACCAGUCUGCAAAAGCAAGUCAUCCAUGGAUAACAGUUUUCUCUCUAAUUGUAUUUGGGCUGUACACAAACUGAGAAUGAGAACUGGCUAGAGUGAUAAGAAAAAAUACCAAAUUUCUGAAUUUAACUAAGACAAAGACAUUUGGCAAUGUGACAGUCCUCCUAAAAGUUUGUAAAGAACCAACUGAGAUGCACAAACACAAUCUUUCAAAGUAUUCAAUUUGCUCAAUAACCUUAAAAUUUGAAUCUAUAGUAUAUAGUCGACCGCCGCUUAUUUACGGUUCUGGAUUAACGGCUCCACCUAUUUGCGGAUUUUUAUGUGGAACGUAUAUAUCCACACUCUCAACGGAAAAAUUACCUAUUCACGGAAUUUUUCAUAGAGAAAUUUCACUAAUUUACACUGUAUUUUCAUAUAAUUUUAUGACUAAAUACAUUUGUUUUUUCGUGAUAAAACUAUUAAAAUGUUCAGGUAUGUACAUAUAAGCAUUCUUAAGUUUUUUUUUUUUUUUUUUUUU